AUGUAAUCGCAGGAAAUGCAGACCGAAAGAUUAUCACAUCGUAACUUGACGCCUCUGAUUUGUAUCAGUUUCUAAGUUGGCGUUGUCCGGUUAGAUGUUUAACACAUUUUGUCAGAAAUAUUCAGCGAUAUCUUUCCUUUACAAAGAGAAUUUACAAAGGGAGUUUGGUGGGCUGAACCAGAAUCUGACAAGUGAAGAAUCCCGACUGCCGGUUAUGUCACCGCUGCUGCUGGUGCAACUCCUUCUCCUGGGCUUUGAGGUCACCGAUGCAGCCACAGGCUCACCAACGGAAUGUACAGGUUCAGCUCCUGUGGAUUUCCUGUCAGUCCUCCUGGAGAGAAAUGGCUCCAAACCAAGUCCUGGGCUGCACAUGAAGCAGGCAGGAGGGGUGAGGGGUGUGCACAUCUCCCGUCCUCACCCUCCAUCCCACCUUCCUUCCUCUCAUUUAUUGGUCAACUGUGACCUUUUUCCCAAGGAGUUUUCCAUCGUUGUGACCCUGAAGGUCUCCCACAUCGGGGCAAAGAAAAAUGAAUACAUAUUUUCCAUAACAAAGCCCAAAAGUGAGGAACAGGAGGUGGUUACAGAUGACAGGAUGAAAUAUCCCAACACUUUAAAAAGGAGCGGGAAAAGGCGGCGGAAGAAUCAUUCAGAACGCGGCUGGAUUAUGUUGGGAAUGCGCUUCUCUCGAAAGCGCCUCCACUUCCUCUUUAAAGGCCCAAAGGAAAAUUUGGAACAGUGGGUGUUUCAUGGGACUCGACUGGCGGAUGACCAGUGGCACACCCUGGUUCUGCACGUCGGCGUUGGACGUGUCAGACUCACGCUGGACUGCGGUUCCCCACAGGAAAUACUUCCCUCCAAACCCUUCCCAUCAGACCUCAACAUCCAGGGCUCCACUAUUAACAUCGGCAGUCGGGGGAGAUGGAAGGGCUUGUUUUCAGGUCUGCUCCGACAAGUUCUGAUGGUUCCGGGUGCGGAUGUGUCCCUCCAGCUGUGCCCCUCUGUCCAACCACAACUGGCAGCUUUAGUGACACCGCAUCACCUCCUGGAUAGCAGGAGUCACCAGACUUCACUGGAAUCUGAGCAGCGGGUGGCGCUGGGUUUGGACACGUCCUGCACGGAGCUGGUUAAAGGUCAGCUCUGGUUCAAUCCCACCAGGAAAGGUCUGUACCUCUGUGAUGGCAGCACGUGGAUCACUGUUCUGGAAGAUCGCAAACGACUGGACUACGUUCAGGAGCACCAGGUCCUCACCACCAACUCAGAAACACAUGACGUGGAGGUGUUCCAGAUUCCCACCAUGGGUCUGAUGGCUGCCAUGGCUCACAGGUCCACGUCGCCCGGCUCAGCGGUGUAUCGCUGGACAGAAGCAGGGUUCCAGCUCUACCAGAACAUCAGCACACGCGGAGCGCUGGCCUGGCGACACUUUAACAUCGGCAAGAAGAUCUUUCUAGUCGUGUCCAACUCUGGAGAGCAGUCAGACAGCCCGUCCCUCGACGAGGCUCAGGAAGACUUUUCAGUUAUUUACAAGUGGAAUAAAAGAAGGAAGGCCUUCGUGCAGUUCCAGACAGUGAAAACCCACUGCGCCAGAGACUGGGAGGCUUUCGUCAUCAAUCAACAAACCUAUCUAGCAGUGGCCAACCACCGAAUAGGAAACAAUAACCACACGAUCGACAGUGUCAUCUACAAGUGGAGCAAGGUCAGCAGGUCUUUUGAGGCGCACCAGACGCUGCAGACACUCGGGGCCUACGACUGGGAGUUCUUCACUGUUGGGCCGUACCAUUUUCUGGUGGUGGCCAAUGCCUUCGAUGGUGUGACCACAUCUGUGGACUCGGUCAUCUACGUCUGGGUGGACGGACGUUUCCAGGUGUUUCAGACCAUCAAGACCUUCUGUGCUACUGACUGGGAAAUGUUCCAGAUCGGCCAGAGAGUUUUCCUAGUUGUUGCUAACGGACACCGUCUCCAUGGUAACCGCCCUAGUCGGUAUGCCAUCAACUCAACUAUCUACGAGCUGGACAUGAUUGGCCGGCUGUUUCUCCGCUUCCAGGAUAUCGUCACGUACAGUGCAGUGGACUGGGAGUUCUUCAGCCUCGGGGAGGAGCACUUUUUGGUGGUGGCUAACUCAUACAAUGGAGAGUCCUACUCCCUCAACAGUGUUCUCUACAGAUGGCAGGGGUACGAGGGCUUUGUCCCCGUGCACUGGCUUCCGACCAUCGGCUGCAGCGACUGGGAGUUUUUCAGUGCCAAAGGAGAGUCAUAUCUCAUCUACUCCAGCGCUAAAGUACCUCUCUCCAAGGUUUUCAAGCUGAAAGUUUAUUGAACAAAGCACAGCAUUUCUCUGCCUUUAUGUUGGUUUGUCAUCGGACACUUUGUGCCUUCAUCUCGACCUGCUAUCACAAUAAGCUAUUUUGUUGUCUAAAGUUGUUUCUCUGCAGCUUAACACUCACAAAACCACUGAACUAGUUUUGUAUAAAGAGUUGAAUUGUUCAGCAAAUGUUCUCGCUUCAGGUGUUUCAGCAUUAACUGAGAAAUUAAAACUAAAAUUAAGGCUUCAAGUUCUUUAUUUUUUUACUUAAAUUAAGUGGUUUCGAGGACAUGAAUAAGAAGGAAUUCUAGCUUCAGGGUGGAAUUGUUCGAUACAGACAUGCUUUAAAUAGGCUCUUUUAAA